GUACAGUACCACGUUAAAAAAUUAAAAACCACAAUUAACCAAAAAAAAAAAAAAUUUUGCGCGUUGGAUAAAAUGGCAAUUUUGACACAGAACGGAACGGCGAGAGUAGGCAAGGAAGAGGAAGUCAUUGCUUCGGUAUUACACGGUGCGAAAGAUCUCCAGAUCGAACACCGAACGCUCUCCUCGCCCGCGGAAGCAGAAGUGCAGGUCGCCGUCCAAGCGACCGGUCUCUGCGGCUCUGAUCUCCAUUACUUCAACCACUACCGCAAUGGCGAUAUCAUCGUGCGAGAACCGUUGACGCUGGGUCACGAAUCGGCGGGUGUCGUGACGGCGGUGGGGUCCGCGGUCACGGGGUUGAGGGUCGGGGAUCGAGUUGCGCUCGAAGUCGGGCUGCCGUGCAAGGAGUGCGAGCUUUGUAAGGAGGGCAGGUAUAAUAUUUGCAAGAGUUUGAGGUUUAGGAGUUCGGCGAAGAGUGUUCCGCAUUUUCAGGGCACGUUGCAGAAGAAGAUUAAUCACCCUGCUGUUUAUUGUCACAAACUCCCCGGAAAUGUCUCCCAAGAACUCGGAGCCAUUCUGGAACCGCUAGGUGUAGCAAUGCACGGCUGCCGUCGCGCCUCUCUGAAGCCCGGCUCUACCGUCCUCGUCUUUGGGGCCGGCGCAGUAGGACUCCUCUGUGCCGCCAUGUGCAAAGUAUCUGGGGCCAAGAAAGUCAUCAUCGCCGAUAUUCAAGGUGACCGAGUUGAAUUUGCCGUCCAGAACAAGUUUGCAGAUGCCAAGAUUGUUGUUCCCAUGAAGAGAUUCGAGGCUAUUGAGGAGAAGUUGGCGUUUGCGAAGGAGGUUGCGGAAUUAGUCAAGGAAGCGAGUGGGGAGGGAGAGGUCGAUGCUGUGUUUGAGUGUACGGGCGUUGAGAGUUGUUUGCAGGCUUCUAUUUAUUCGACGAAACCUGGUGGAAAGAUCAUGUUGAUUGGAAUGGGGAGUCCGAUUCAAACACUUCCUAUCUCAGCAGCUGCUCUCAGAGAAAUCGAUUUGGUAGGCGUGUUCAGAUAUGCAAACACUUACGAAGAUGCUAUUAAAUUGGUAUCAAGUGGCAACCCCCAGCUCCCGGAUCUCGCCAAGUUGAUCACGCAGAGAUUUAAGGGCUUUGAAAAUAUUUCUGAUGCAUUUGCAAUGUCUGGUAGAGUUAAGGAUGAUGAUGGGAAGUUGGUGUUGAAGGUACUUGUUGAUACGACAGGAUCUUAAUUGGAUAGCUAUAGAUAUACAAAAGCUUGGUGGUAUUUUGUUUAAUAGAUUGAUUAAACUUUCCCCGAAUACAAUACAAUAAUCAUCUUAUUGAUGUGGUAU